AUGGCUCCCACCGCCGAGCCACACGCCGAUGUCAUCGCCCACAUUGCCUCGCUCCCCCCAGGAAAUUUGGGCGAAUAUUCCAUUAUCAAGGAUAUUGGAGAAGGCACGUUCGGAAAGGUCAAACUCGCGGUCCACACAUUGACCCAGGCAAAGGUUGCUCUCAAGUUUAUUUCCAAGGAGCGUAUCAAUGCUCUCAACAUGAGGACUCGAGUCGGCCGCGAAGUAUCCUACCUGCGGCUCCUCCGCCAUCCCCAUAUCAUCAAGCUGCAAGUCCCAGCCUAUUUCACAUCGUUCACACCCAAUUCUGACCAACUUUACGUUUCUAGGUAUGAGAUCAUCACAACACUCACGGACAUUGUCAUGGUCAUAGAGUAUGCCGAAGGAGAACUCUUCAAUUAUAUCGUCGAAAACGGCCGUAUGUCAGAGUCCACCGCCCGACGGUUUUUCCAGCAGAUGAUGUGUGCGAUUGACUACUCGCAUCGAUUGAAGGUUGUGCACCGUGAUCUUAAGCCUGAGAAUGUUCUUCUUGAUGGUCAAAAUAACGUCAAGAUCGCCGAUUUUGGUUUAUCGAAUGUGAUGACAGAUGGUGAUUUUUUGAAAACAAGCUGUGGUAGUCCCAACUAUGCAGCUCCCGAGGUCAUUGGCGGAAAAUUGUAUGCAGGGCCCGAGAUCGAUGUCUGGUCGUGUGGGGUUAUCUUGUAUGUCAUGUUAUGCGGUAGGCUCCCAUUCGAGGACGAGCACGUACCGGCCCUGUUCCGAAAGAUUACAGAGGGCUUGUAUCAUCUACCAAACUACCUUUCUCGCGAGGCCCAAGAUCUCAUCCGGGGUAUGCUGGCUGUCGAUCCGGUCAAGCGGCUCACCGUGCCCGAAAUCCUCGCUGUGCCAUGGGUGGCUGUGAAUAUGCCAUAUUAUCUGCAACCCAAGCGUCCAGUUACGCCUGGUAUGGGUACGUUGCAUCCUGCCUACCCGCACCAUCCUGGUGUCAUUGGGCGUGGUGCUAAUGGCUCAACCAACGGAAGCACGUUCCCGUCCAACGGGACUACCCCGGCCGUGUCGAGUUCCGGUAGCGAGCAUUCGUCAAGGAACGGGGGUGCAGUGACCCCCGCAUCAUCCAUCGUCACCCCCGUAUCGGAGCACCCGCAAGUGAACCCUCAUAUGCUCGGGACGCUUGCAUCUUUGGUCAACGGGAACUCGAACGGAAACGGAAAUGGUGUAAUUGCGGGCAGCAGAAGCGACCAAGAUACCCCUCUGGCUGGUUUGUCAUCUUUGAGACACAUCAAAGGCCUUGGGAAGAUCAACGAGAGCAUUGUCUCGGAGCUGGCCGAACGAUGCCAUGUUCAGGUGGAAGAGAUCAAAAUGGCAUUACUGCGAGAAGAGGACAAUGCGGUCAAGGUUGCGUAUAUGCUUGCAAAAGACAGUACCAGGACGGGAUUGUGUCUUGAUGACGAUGACGAGGGAGACUCUCCUCGGGGGCAUCCAUCCCAGGAAAGUGAAAUCUUUUGGAGCCCAAACUACAAACCUUCUCAAGCCCCCACUCCUGCAACCCCUGCAACCCCGGCAACUCCAGUCACCCCUCAGCCUAUGAAUGGCUCGCGUCCGCUGUCGCCACAACAAGCCGGGAUGCGCCCGAUCGCGGACUACGACUAUGACGAUGACGCAGACGAAUUUGAUACCGAUGAAGAAGAUUUCGAUGAAGAAGAGUGGCAGAAUCAGAACGCGAGCCACUUUACGGUGCUCGAUACGAGUCUGCCACCAGGGCAUGAUGCACGCGCAGCAGCAGCAACAGCCAAUGGUGCGCAGCCACAGCUCUCUUAUCAUCGCGAACGCGGACAUCGUCAUCGUACACAUACAAGUGGGCAAAAGUCAAAGUCCCCUCGAUGGCAUUUUGGAAUCCGAUCGCGUUCGCCACCGAUGGAGGUGAUGCUCGAGAUCUAUCAAACGUUGAAGACGCUUGGUAUGGAGUGGCGUGAGAAGCCUGGGUUAAGCAUCAUCGGUCGACCCGAGGAUGAGGGAUGUCCUGGUAAAGAUGGCAAGGACAUUUACUAUGUGGAGACAAGAUGCCGGAUUCGGGAUGUUGUGGUGCGAAUGGAUCUUCAAUUGUAUCAGGUAGAUUCUUUGAAUUACCUUGUCGACUUUCGAAAUCUUGGAUGCCAUCACGCAUCGACGGACCCCAAUGCACCCUCCAAGUUUACCGACGCUUCCUGGCCCGGAAGCGAUUCUAACUCUUCCGCUCCUCGCUCACCGACCCUGACCGAAGGCGCAGUCCUGCGUGCAGACGUCUGCAGCCCGUUCCUCUUCCUCGAAUGCGCAUGCCGACUCAUUGUCGAGCUCGCAGCGGGCUAA